AUGGCCGCGACAUUUUCGAGGCCAACUCCCGAGAUGGCACGGACUGGACCAACUCCACUUUCUUCUCCACCUCGACUUGCUGCCACACCUCCAAUCUCCAAUCGAGCAUUGAACCAGCUGAGUCGCAAGCACCGAGAUGGUAAGGUUGCGCUUCGCCAAGUCGCGAAACGUAGAUUGUCGCUGACGCAUGUGUAUCGACGUGGUCUCUCCCCACAGUCGCUGCAAUUUCUCAGUGACAAGGAGACGCUUGCGGGCCAGUCGCAUUCGUCGCCCGUCGUCUCUGUGUGCUGGACGCGGCCGUCUACAUCGACAGCAGGCCUCGUCAUCUCCGGCGACACCGAUGGGCGUAUCAAGCUCUUCGACGCACACUCUGCACGCGCGUACCGCAAUCUGCCGGUCGCACACCACAACGCGGUGCACUGCAUCACCGCCAACCACACCGGCACCACCGUGCUCACGUCAGCCAUUGAUGGAACCAUCACCGCAUGGAAUCUCGAGCCCUUCGCCGCGCAAUUAUCGCCGGGGGAUGAUGUCGACCAAGAUGGGGAGGUACCGCUUCUUCUGCUGCCGGUGGAAGACGCGGCGUCGUUGAUCACGGGUCAGAUCGACUCGCUUCCCGCAUGUCCCGUCGGCGAAGCGGCUCAAGGAGGCAAGUUGUCCGAGGCAUGGCAGACGGCUCUACACCCUACGCUGCCGUGUUUCGCCGCCGUCGGUGCAGGCGCCACCCUCACUCUCCACGCCACACCCACGUCUGGCGACGCAGUGAGCUUUGGGACGAUGCUCGGCCGCGCACAGCCUCCUCCGUCACGCACGGGGUCCAAGGACCUCUUUGGCCUCUCGCUCGCCUUCCACGCCUCUGGCACUCUACUCGCCGUUGGCACCAACACCGGUCGUGUGCUGCUGUACAUGCUCACUUGGCCCUCUCCGCACAAACCCGUGCUGGAUCUCGUGGCGAUGUUCGCCGAUCAUCCGGCACCCAUUCGCGCCCUGAGCUUUACCGACACCCUGUUGCUGGUGGGUUCCGACGACCGCACUGUUAGUGUGCACGAUGUCCAGCCGAUCUUGACGGCGCCCGGGGUGUUGUCGGACGAAGAGCACGUGCGGUUGGCAGGAACAGUGGCGUCGCUUGCGGCUCACAAGGGCUGGGUGCUGGCGCUUGGGGCUCCAGCUGCAUCCACGGUGUUCGCGAGUGUGGGGGCGGAUAAGACGAUCAAGUUCUGGGACCUCGCUUCCGCCACCAAAAGCACACCCGUGUUUAGCGCCAGCGAAGUCAAGCCUAUCAGGGCAUUUGCAUUUCAGCCUCGUGCAGGAGAUGAAGGCACAGAGGCUACAAUGACGCGCUUCGUUACUGCGAGCGAAGACGGUGCUCUUCGUUGGUACCGCAGCGCAGGCCUUGGGUAA